AAAGAACUAUUCACUUAUGUCUGCUUACGAAGGAUUUGUCGCUGUUCACAAGUAUCAGCUUGCCUCUAUUCCCGAGGAGCUUUGGCAGCCCCUCUUCAUGAAGCUUGGAGAAGAUUACCUUGACGCAGGAAACUUUGUCGAGCUUCACCAAGGAGAUAUUGUACCCGGAUAUUCUGUACAUACUAAAAAGGAUGUUACGCUAAAGAAGCACAGUGACAUAUUCUUGAUUGAUCAUGCAUGGACUACUACUCCCAAAGAGGCCAAGCAACAGUUGAGAGACAACGAGACUCUUUUGGACCGUAUGGAAAGUAUCAUGGACAUUGAAAAGGAAGAGUUGGCCGACGACGAAGAAGAAGACGAAGUCGAACAUGACGAUGAGGUCGUAAAGAUGGUGGCUGAGCAAGCUGAUGUUUCUUACGGAGAAGCCAAGAAGGCAUUGGAAGAAGAAAAUUAUGAAGUUCUCAAUGCAAUUAUGAAAUUGACUAUGGAUGAAGAACAUAAGAAAGAGGCCGAUCGUCUGCAGGAACAAGUUAUUAACCAGAUCUUGGCAAGUGGAAGACCCCAGGAAAAGGAAGAAGAGGAACGCAAAGAAAAGGAAGAAGCUCACAAGAAGAGAUUAGAAGAACUUUUGGAGCGACGUGUUGAAAGAGUGUACUGUCAAAUGUGGUCUUACCUCCAGACAUACUCCUUCUCUGUCUUGCAGCAAGAUGGCGAACCAAAGGCCCAGACCGCCUGGUACGCCUGUGAUGAGGUUGGAUCGGCCCUUUGCCAUUCUUCUGAUCCUUCCGUUGUCUGCGUUCCUUUCAUUUUCUCUCGCGGAGCAAGCGGUAUGAUCCCUUACAGUGUCAUGUUCCCAAUUAAAGACAUCAAGGCCGGCGAGCCAUUGACAUGCGACUUGCUUCCCAAGAAUCUCGAGCGCCCUAUUGAUCGCAAGGCUUAUCUUUUGGCUUUCCAGCAGCGUCUUUUGGCUGAUGAAGACGUACAAAAGAUUACCAAGGAGUUGGUUGAUUCCUACAAGGCUUAUCAGACCAGCUUGGAAGCUACCCAGCCUCCCAAGUCUUCAAAGAUUACCAACUCUGAAGAAUCUGUCAAGGCUUUACUCUCCCAUCCUGCCGAAAAGGCAAAAGAACCCGUCAAGGUAGCCUCGACCACACCGUUUGUCUGUGACAACUUAAAGUUGGCAAAUACCAAACUUGUCACAGAUGAAGAUAAGGCAGAUAUUAUCUGGAGAAGCCAAGAUUUCAUGGAAUGGGAUAGCCUAAAAGAGCACCAAACAAUCAAUCAGUUCCCAAAUGAAUUUUGUUUGACCUUUAAGCAGAACUUGGCUGCUUUGAUCCAAAAAACUUAUGGCUCACCUGAAUGGGUUCCACGCACCUACAAUCUGGUGACUCAACUUGGCGAAGUUGUUGGAAACUACCUCAAUAACGAGGAAAGCAAAUCGGACAACUUGUGGAUUCUCAAGCCAUGGAACCUUGCUCGUGGUAUCGAUAUCAGCAUCAAUCGCUCUCUUCCCGAGUUAAUCAGAACCCAUGAUUCUGCUGUACCAAUGAUUGCUCAGAAAUACUUGACCAAGCCAUGCCUUUACAACGGCAAGAAGUUUGAUUUAAGAUACAUUGUACUCUUGCGCCAAAUUGAACCCACCAUGAUUGCCUGUGUUUAUAACAUGUUCUGGAUUCGUUUGGCCAACAAAAAGUUCAACUUGGACGAUUUGGAUGAUUAUGAGCGUCAGUUCACAGUCAUGAAUUACUCAAAAUAUGAGAUGACUCAACUUGAUUACAAGAGCUUCAUUUACCACAUGGAGAAAGAGAAUAACAUUAAGUGGGCCGAUGUUCAGAAUGAUAUCAACCAAGCUAUGAAAGACGUUCUGGCUGCUGCUGCUACACAGCCCCAACCUUUGGGAUUGGUUCCUGAUAAAAAGCCCGGAUUCGAUGCAUUCAGCAUGUAUGGCUUUGAUGUGAUGCUCACAGAUGAUUUUAAGCCAAAAAUUAUCGAGGUCAACUUUUCUCCUGAUUGUACAAGAGCUUGCAAGUAUGACCCCGACUUUGUCAACAACAUCAUUUCUGUAGUAGACAGUCGUGCCGGUGACGCAGAAAAGGGAUUAAAGUCAUUUACUGUACUUUAAAGAAAGUACUUCAUGAAAAUAUUCAUAUACACACACACACACACACACACAAAGAAGAGAUAAGGAAGUACAUCCUAAGCUGUAAAUAAUGAUAGAAUGAACAGAGCAUAUGUAGUCAAGGCUUAAAUAUUGUUAUUAUUGUUUUCAUCAAUCUUUAAGAUAAAUACAUUUUUUAAUGAUGUUUAUUUUGUGCG